AUGUCACCAGCGAUCCGGAAACUGGAAGACGUAACGCCGGAGUUUCUGUCUCAGGCACUCAGAGCCACUGUUACCUCCUACUCAUCCGAGCGCAUCGGAACCGGCCUCGUUGGAGAAUGUCAUCGGAUAUCUCUCGACUAUGCGCCAUGUGCAACGGAAGGUCCUGCCAGUGUCGUGAUCAAACUGGCCGCUUCAGACCCUGCAAGCCGCAAAACAGGCUGGCAGGGGAAGCUCUAUGAACAUGAAGCACGGUUCUACUCCGAAGUAGCGCCAGGUCUCAAUGCCCCAUCGAUACCGAAAUGCUAUCAUGCCUCGGUCAAUAAAGAUGACGGCACCUUUGAUUUGCUCCUCGAGGAUAUUCACCCUGCUUCGGUUGGUAACGAGCUUACCGGCGCCACUCUGGAACAGGCACGAUCGGCUUUGACAGAACUGGCGAAACUGCAGAAAUCUUGUACCAGGAGCACGGCUCCAGAAUGGCUCAAGGAGACCGUCCCUCUUUCGCAAGCAUUCAUGCAGCAAAUAUGGGCGAUGUUUGUAAAUACCUACCAGGAUGCGGUUAAAGCUGAGCACCGCCAUGUUUGCGAGAGGUUUCUCGCUGUCUAUGACGAUUACCGCACCCGGCAGUCCAGGGACCCGACGACGCUCAGCGCUUUCAUCCACGGGGACUUUCGCCUGGACAACAUGCUCUUCAACUAUAGUCCAGAGCGCCCGUUCAUCGUGGUCGAUUGGCAGAUAUUUGCUGGGGACCUUUCUUCCGUGACGCUGCAUAUUUCCUGGGAUGCGCUUUACUUCCCGAGAUCCGUCGCGCAUACGGACAGGACCUCCUACGCCAGUACUACGAUGCACUUGGACCGGAUCAGCCAUUCACGUUUGAGGAGUGUCAGGAAGGUGUACGCCGCCAAAGUUUCCUCGGUCUGCCGAUGGCAUUCAUGUGUCCCGUGA